AUGCAGAGGAUGGAAUGGGAACUGUCAAAAUACGUUUUCGCCCUCUUUAGACACUUCAAUGGGGCGCCGUUUCAGGGACUCAAAAGAUUCGCCCACAAAGGAUUCCGUCUUUGGACGUUUCGGAACGACAUCGGCCUUCUGAAACUGGAAUCGCCCGUCGACAUUGAGGGUUCAGAGGGAUACAUCGGCACCGUAUGCCUUCCUCCCAAGGGGUACAAGAUCAAAGGCGACAUCGUCAUCGCUGGCUGGGGAACAACGAGAGAAGGCGGCUACACCUCGGACGUGCUGCAGGCAGUGUCCAUACCCACGGUCGGUGACGGCACAUGCUACUACCGCUACUUCUCCUUUUGGUCGCUCUUCCUCGGCGGCAACAUCCACUACGACAGCAUGUUCUGCGCCGGUGAGAGGCGCGGCGGGAAGGACUCUUGCCAGAGAGAUUCAAUCUUGGAGCGCCUGUUACUGAUGGCGUCUUAUCUGUCGAAAACUAUUCUAUGUGCGCGCCUCUCCCCACUCUUAGCAACGCUUUUAUGGUCUAUGCAGGGAGACUCGGGAGGACCCGCAGUGCAGUACGUUGAUGGCCGGGCUGUGCUCGUCGGCGUCGUAUCCUGGGGUGAAGGGUGCGCCCGCGCCGGGAAACCCGGAGUCUACACUGAGGUGCCGUACUUCCUCGACUGGAUUCGCGAACAGAUGGCAUCCUCACCAGACGAGGAGGAGAAGAAACCCAGCACGAGCACUCCGGUCCGAACUAGUGAAAACGCCGAGACUAGGUCCAGCGACGCGGGACCAGCGGAACCCAGAACGACGGAGCCGUGACCGAAGAACCGCUUGAGACAGCAGUCUAUGUUCCGGCUCGUCCGAAAAGUGCGCCGAUCUUUUAAACCUCCAGGGACUACACAAGAGCGGAAGACAAGACUACUUCGUGUUAACGGACUAUGUGUAUGCUCGCCAAACGUCCGCUUCGAAAAACCCUGAAAGUUUCACUGUCCACAGAUGCCGACGUACCUGCGGUGUCUUUCGCAUCCGUCGCAUUUGUCAAGCCAAUCUCUGCAUGAACAUUUAACAAUGAAGAGUGCGUUGGGCGAAUAGUCGCAAGAGUGAGCGCUAAUCAUGUGUAUCCGCUGAAUCUUCUAAUUCGCACAAAUUUUGCAUUUGGUUUCUAGUAACUGCACUGCUGAGGGCUUCAACGUUUCAAGCGCGGAUGGAGGGAUGAUUGCUACGAGCGUCCCCUUUGAAACGGGGCCGUGAGUUGCACCACGAAUCUCUUGUUCUUAUUUUGCCUAAUGUCCUACCUAUCUUUAAACACACGCAUGCACACGCACA